AUGACUGAGGUUGAGGGAGUCCGAAUUCCGAGAGUGCAACUAGGAAAUCAAGGAUUUGAGGUUUCCAAGCUGGGAUUUGGGUGUAGACGGCUUACUGGGACAUACAAUGAAGCUGUAGUCAGUGAAGAGUUUGCAUUAUCAAUCAUCAAGCACGCAUUCAUUAAAGGAAUAACAUUCUUUGACACAGCAGAUCUCUAUGGACCACAUACCAAUGAAGUUUUAGUUGGAAAGGCAUUGAAGCAGUUGCCUAGAGAUAAAGUUCAGUUGGCUACAAAGUUUGGCAUUGUAAGAAUUGAGCCUGAUGAAACUAGGAUAAUUAAUGGGACUCCUGAGUAUGUCCGCUCCUGUUGUGAGGCUAGCCUAAAGCGCCUUGAUGUUGACUAUAUUGAUCUUUACUAUCAGCACCGCGUAGACACAUCAGUUCCAAUAGAGGACACUAUGGGGGAACUAAAGAAACUGGUGGAAGAGGGGAAGAUAAAAUAUAUUGGAUUAUCUGAAGCUAGUCCAGAAACAAUUCGGAGGGCACAUGCAGUUCAUCCCAUUACGGCUAUACAAAUGGAGUGGUCUCUUUGGAGUCGCGAAAUUGAGGAAAAAUUUGUCCCACUUUGCAGGGAACUUGGAAUUGGGAUAGUGCCAUACCACCCCCUUGGUCGUGGAUUUUUAGCUGUAGAUGGUCUACCUGAAGAUAGCUUUUUGCGUUCAACUCCUCGUUGUCAAGGAGACAACCUCAAGAAAAAUAAGAUCCUUCAAGGUAAAGUACAGAACUUGGCUGAAAAAUAUGGAUGCACCCCUGCACAACUAGCACUUGCGUGGCUCAUUGAUCAACCCAAUGUCUGCUGUGUGCCUGGCACAACCAAGACUAUAAAUAUUGAUGCUAAUGUUGGUUCUGUGAGAGUGAAUCUAUCUAAAGAAGAUAUACAAGAGAUAUCUGAGGCAAUACCUAUCAACGCAGCGGCAGGGUACAGGCUACCGGACUACUUACUUUCCUGCCUUUGGCAGUUUGCAGAUACACCACCAAAAGCUAGCAAGCCAUGCAACCAAAAGAAGCCAACAUAG